GAUGCAAAUAAGAGUGGCAAGAAAUUCGGAAGAAUUUAGAUGCAUUUGCCUAUGGUCUAACGCAAGGACGAUUCCGGUAUGAGUGAAAACAGGACGAUGGCUACAUACUAAUGGGUUGCUCUCUAAGUUAUAAGUAUGGGUAGCGUGGGACCACCUCACUCCGUUCCCGAUUGGUUCUCGCGCCAACCGGCCGCAAUGAGGUUUACAGUAGUCGCGGUGUUGUGCGCUUGCGUGGUCCUUGCCGCGGGCGACGGUCUCCGAGCAAAGGCCAAGCUCCUCGGGAAACUCACAGGGAAGAUAAAGCAUCACAAACGUGGAGUAUUCUCCGCCGCACCCCCGUAUAAGUACGGCCACGAUAUUCCUCACGUCACCCACUCUAUUCUAAAACCUAUUGUAGUUUCCUAUCCACCAACAGCUUCUGUGCAUUCAGUGAAAGUGCCUUUAAAACAUCCUUUAAUCCAUCACUAUCCUAAUCAAGUUGGUCAUAAAGUCCCCUCACAUUCACAUUCAUACGCGCACAGGUUCCCUCAUACUGACUUGAGACCAGAUCAGCAUUUCCAUCAUCAUCACCACCACGUUGCGCCGAGGCCUGUGGUGCCAAUUCUACCCGCUCGUGUUGUCCCAGCAGCUCCAGUUAGUCCUACAUUACCUGUCCCUAUCCCUCAACCGUCAGUUGUUAUUCCCCGUCCCGUUCCAGCGCCGUCACCUCCAGUAGCCCCAAUUAUUCCCGCUAGUCCUCAAUUCAUUCUGCCGCAGAACCAUUUUCAUUUAAAGCCUGCGCUUCCUGUUCCCGCCCCGAUCCAACCAGCUCACGUGGCGCCUUUAUAUCCUUACGCUCCACAAUACUCUUAUGCAAUCAGGCCUGGUAAUGCCGUUCAGACUUCAUAUUUCGCUACAUACCCUAGAUAUCCUUUAUCAUUCCACCAGCCCUUAGUACCUUUCGCUCAAUCAGCUCUACCUGCUCCAGCGGUACAUCUAGCACCUUCAGUAGCUCCAGCAGCAGGCCCUGUCUUUUUGGAGCGCCCUCAGGAGCCGCAUUACCACUUUUUGCCACAAGCACACGCGCACGGAGUCGUAGAGCAACCUACGCCUGCCGUGGCUGUUGAGCAUCAUCAGUUCUUGCAUCCGACUGCUGUUCCUCAACCAACGUUAUUACAUGCGCACCCUACAGUGGUCCAAGAACACCCAGGUGUCCAUGAACACCCUACAGUCUUACAGCAGCACCCUACGGUACUUCAAGCAGCACAACCAACAGUCCACGUUGAUCAUAACGGCUGGGCACCAGUACCACACAGUCACGAUAUAAACCAUGUUCACCAAGAAGGCCACUUCCACCAAGACCUGGUUCCAACUCAAGAAACCCACUUCGCUCACGACUUUACCCAAGAACAAGGUCAACAAGUCUUCGAGCACCAUACUGGGGAGGAACAAUACCAUGAAUACCAGCAUCAGCUACAGCAUCACAUUCAGCAGCAAAUAGAACAGGCGCAGUAUGAGCAGAACUUGCAUAAUCACCAAUUGGGACAGCCAGAAUAUCCGCACAACCAUGAUUUUUCACAAGGCCACGAUCUCUCACAACAGGACUUUUCACAGCAUGGCCACGACUUUUCACAACAUGGUCAUGACUUCUCACAACAUGGGCAGGACUUUUCACAACAUGCUGGUCACGACUUUUCACAGCAUGGUCACGACUUUUCACAAGGGCAGGACUUCUCACAACAUGGUCAUGAUUUCUCACAACAUGGCCAGGACUUCUCUCACACACAGGAGCAGCCACACCAAGAAUAUGGGGCUCCACAACAGUUGGAGGGUCGGAGUGAAGAGGGGGAUGAAACUCAGAAAUUCCAUAAUCACAUCCCAUUAGGAUUGCAGGUGCCUUUGGAUCGUCCACUCGACCAUUUCCGAUAACCAUACUGG